AGAAGAGUGUUGUUUGGUUUAGUAUUAUCAUGUGACUUUCUCACUCUACCCCUCUCUCUUUCUCUCUCUCUCCUCCCAAAAAGAUUAGCCUGUCUGGCUUUUGCACCAAUCGAACCACCACCAGCUUUACCCAUUUUUCAUUAAUUCAUUCCCCCACAGAUAGAUCACUACAAUAACCCUUCUUCUCUUACUUCUGCAUUUCCAUUUCCAUUUCCAUUUUCAUUUUCUUGGAGAGGGUUUCUUAAUUUAUAAUUUCUUGCCCUUUGCUGCUCCAAUGGCGGCAAACGUUUCCAGAUUCAUCAAGUGUGUCACUGUCGGGGAUGGAGCUGUUGGGAAGACAAGUAUGUUGAUUUGCUACACCAGUAAUAAAUUCCCAACUGAUUACAUACCAACAGUGUUCGAUAACUUCAGUGCAAAUGUGGUUGUCGAAGGAACCACAGUCAAUUUAGGCCUUUGGGACACUGCAGGUCAAGAAGAUUACAACCGACUACGCCCCUUGAGCUAUCGCGGCGCCGAUGUCUUUGUCUUGGCAUUUUCGCUCGUCAGUCGAGCUAGCUACGAGAACAUACUCAAAAAGUGGAUCCCCGAGCUCCAGCAUUUCGCUCCCGGAAUCCCUGUGGUGCUAGUCGGGACCAAACUAGAUCUUCGCGAAGAUAAGCACUACUUGGCUGAUCAUCCCGGCGUAAUUCCAGUAACCGCAGCCCAGGGGGAGGAGCUCCGGAAGCAAAUCGGGGCAGCUUAUUACAUCGAAUGCAGCGCUAAGACUCAACUAAAUGUAAAAGCAGUGUUCGAUGCCGCCAUUAAGGUAGUGAUCAAGCCGCCGCAGAAGCAGAGGGAGAAGAAGAAACCGCGCAGCCGAGGAUGUUUUGUGAAUCUCUUCUGCGGAAGAACAGUGCGAGUUCCGGAAUGAAAUGGUUGGACAGUUGCAGAUUAAGGAUGUUCCUAAUUUAUGUAGCUCUGUUUUAACAUCCAAUUCGCGUAAAUUCGACUAAAUUUGAAGUUUCGUUUUCUUUGAACAGAAUGUAGAUUGCUAAUAUAUAUACAUAUAUGUGUAUAUGAGGGGUUCUGUGUGAAGUCGGGUUGUUUGUUCUUUGCGAGACUAUAGUUGUUCUAUAGCGCCUAUUGUUUCGAGUUUGUCGAUCCUAGUAUUUUCUUAGCCGUAGUUUUACUGAAAUUGUAGCUCCUGGUUUUAUUUCCUA